CAGUUCAGCUCAGGGUGAGAGCAUGAUGGAGAAGAGGAGCAGUGGGUUGUCCUGCCGCGCCGCCAUCUGCGGCAUCGUCGUGCUCCUCAGCGCCACCGCCUUCUCCUGUUCCCUCGCCGCCGAAUUCCACAAAGUCAAGGACAAGGACAUGAAGCUGGACGGCAGCCUCUGCUCGCUGCCCAAGAGCUCCGCCUUCGAAUUGGGCGUGGCGGCCAUCGCCUCUCUCUUCGUGGCGCAGCUCGUGGGCACCACCGCGGCGGCGACCACCAUGUGCGCCGCCAAGCCCAAGAAGAAUUCCACGUCCAAAGGCCGCGUAGCGUCCGUCGCCCUCCUAAUCCUUUCAUGGGUGAGCUUCGCGGUGGCUGUGAUCCUGCUGGCGGCCGCGGCGAGCAUGAACCACGGGCAGCGGUACGGCCGCGGGUGGAUGGACGGCGACUGCUACGUGGCCAAGAACGGCGUGUUCGGCGGCGCGGCCGCGCUGGUCGUCCUCACGGCGCUCCUCAUCCUCGGCCUCACCUUCGCCACCAAACCGGCCGCGGCGGCGGACAUGGUGGCCGCGCCGACGUCAGGAGCCACGUGCACAAGGGCACGUCUCGACGCGGCGACGGCGGACGCCGAGCAAGCGGGCGGGCGAUCCAAGCAAUGAGGGAAGGCCGCGCCGAGCAAGAGGACGGGGUGGGUCGGGGCGGAUCAACCGGAGAAGGCUGCUGCGCGGCGUCGAUCGUGCCGCAAACGGCCACGCCGCGUGGGGCAUUUGGUGGGCUGGCAAGGCAAUGGAAAGUGGCAGACGGCCGCCGGGUCGGACGGAUGGGGCCGUGCGUGGGGGUGGAGUGGAUUCAUGGAUAUACUACCGGUAGGCGGUAGGUUGGAUAUUUGGCCGCAGCUGGGACAGAGGUACAUACAUUACUGUCCCAUUACUGACACGACCGUGUAACAUGUAAAGGAUAGUACCAAGUCACUGCAAAGUGCAAGAAAAAUAAUACGGAAAUAACAUAUUAGUAGUA